AUGAUUUUUGGUUUAUUCAGUUUAUUACUUUAUUACGAGUACCAUAUUUUCUUCAAAAGUAUUCCUGAUGAUUGUUUAUAUUCAAAUCAAACUGAAACUUUUGAAAAUUCAACAACAUCUAACAACGAAAAUGAUACAACGACUUCAAAAAGAAUUAAACGCUUUUUAAUCUUUCAAGGUGGAGGAGUAGUAAAACUCGUCUUUGGAACAUCUUACCCAAUUAUAAUGGCAGACAAAACAAAAUCAUUAAGUUAUUUCUAUAAUUUUCAAAUGCAAUAUCCCCCACCGACCAUUCCAGUGUACUGGUGGAGUUUAUAUAAUACAUCAACAUUUGCAGCACGCAGAAAUGCUCGUAAGCGUUCAACAGAAAUGCUGUUGAGUUAUGAUAGAAGUCGUAGUCUAAUCUAUGAUUUUAUGGAAACAAUUUUGCAACGCUUUGGAGAUUUCGGUGGCGAAUGCCUAUUAAAGGUCAUUUGUGAAGUGGCACGAGCCCCUUUAAUCGAAGACAUGAACGCAAGCAAUGAAGGUUCCAUACAAAUGCACAUCACAGACAAUGAUGAAAAUGGAAUAUUAGAUGAUAAUGGUAGAAAUAUUUACCACAAACUAAUAAAUUUGAUUUUCACGCCUCUUCGUUCAAAUGUGGAUGAGCGUUAUAUAAAUGCUCGAAUAGCCGGUGAAACUGGAGCAAAUUGUGGUGAAACAUUUGGCAAAUGUCCCAUCGUAGAAAAAUUCUUCAAACGUUACACUCAAUAUGUUUAG